AUGCAGUAUCCGCCUCUGCUGCUCUGUCUCCUUGUAAGUCUGAAAACAACCGCGGUGAUGGGCUUCGGCGACGGAUACGCAGAGGAGUCAGUAGGCGGCCUCAUCGUUGAUCCGAAAGACCGAGCUGAGCGUGAACGCAUCGACGCCAAAGUGAGUGCAAAUAGAGACAAUUAUGGUGAUGCUAGCCUGUUCUUCAUCCACUUCAAGUCGCAAGAGGGCCGCAUGGUCCUGAACAUAUCCUGCAAUAA